CGACGCAGCUCGGCCCGACACCCGACGCGCUGCCAUGGUCGCCUGCGCCGCCCUCAGGUGCGCGCUGGUGGCGGCUUGGUGCGCUUCAUCAGCGGCGGCGGUGGCGGCGGAGGCGGAGGACUGCACGUGCGACCCGCUGCCACUGUCAGAGGGCGGCACGGAGUGCCGCUGCCACGGGCCGCGCCUGGUCGACCUGCCCACCACGUUGCCCGACGACCUCGCCAGGCUAACGGUGACAGACGCCAGCAUCGUAGUGCUGACGAACACUUCGCUUCAGCCAUAUCGUGCGUCUCUCAAAGACCUAACUCUUUCUAACGUGCGACACUUGCGAACCAUCGAGGAAGGAGUUUUCGAAGGUCUCCUAAAUCUGCGAACAAUAUAUAUCUACCAAGCACCAGCGCUUCUGACCAUCCCAGCGACCGUCUUUCGAGUGGAGCUGCCGAAUCUUAAAAUUCUGCGGAUCGUCCACACCGGGCUGCAAGCUGCUCCUCUGCUGGACGAUCUCCAGACGUCCGACAUCAUGCACAUGGUGGAUUUGGACAACAACAAAAUUAAAAGGAUUGGCAGACGGUGGAUCAAGCUGAAAGCCGAACAAAUGUUGCUCAAUUACAACGCCCUGGAGGCGGUGGAAGCUGAGGCUUUCUGGGGAUCGCACAUUGCCACUCUGAGUCUCAAAGGUAACAGGGCCCUUUCUCAUCUCGACAUGGAUGCUUUCGUCGGUCUCAAUCACCUACGUCGCAUCGACCUGUCGGAGACGGCGGUGACGCAGCUGCCGACACGCGGGCUCGAGGGCAUCGACGAGCUGCGCCUGCAGGACACCAGCAGCCUCAAGGUGUUCCCCUCCGUCUACAACUUCGAGAAUAUCCGCGUGGCACUGCUGACAUACCCUUACCAUUGCUGUGCAUUCCAGUUCCCUGGGACGCAUGACCCUGCUGCUCAUCACAGACAUGAGAUAUUCAUGCAAGAGAUGAAGCAGAGGUGUUCGGACGAGGGACUGGAAGCCGCGUCUGUGCCGGCGACGCCAUCAGAUAGGGAGCGGCGCUGGGCCGGCAACUGGUCCAGCAGCGCAGGGGCGGAGGACUCGCUGGGAGGCGUCGGCGGCGGCGCCAGCAGCGGAGGCGGAGGCAGAGGCGCAGGCGGUGGCAGCGCGCACCACGGCUUCGACGGCACCUUCCACCAGGACAAGGUGACGGUGUCGCCGGUGCGCGCCGAGUGCGGCCGCCUGUCGCAGAAUUACCGGCAGGUGGAGUGCCGGCCGCGGCCGGACGCGUUCAGCCCGUGCGAGGACCUGAUGGGUGGCUGGGCGCUGCGCGGCGCCGUCUGGCUCGUGGCGCUGGCGGCGCUCGCCGGCAACCUGGCCGUGCUGCUGGUGCUGGGCUGCGCGCGCCGCUCCGUGCCCGGCUUCCUGAUGGCGCAGCUGGCCGCCGCAGACCUCUGCAUGGGCCUCUACCUGCUGCUGCUCGCCGCGCAGGACGCGCGCUCCGUCGGCCGCUACUUCACCACCGCCGUCGCCUGGCAGACAGGUGCGGGCUGCCAGGCGGCCGGGGUGCUAACGGUGUUCGCGUCGGAGCUGUCCGUGUUCACGCUGACGGUGAUCACGUGCGAGCGCUGGUACACCAUCACGUACGCCAUUCACCUGAACCGCCGGCUCAAGCUGCGGACCGCCGCCAAGAUCAUGGCCGCCGGCUGGUGCUACGCCGUCUGCAUGGCCGUGCUGCCCCUGCUCGGUGUCAGCAGCUACUCCAAGACCAGCCUGUGCCUGCCGCUGGAGUCCCGGACGGCGGUGGACAGCGCCUACCUGCUGUCGCUGCUGACGUUCAGCGUGCUGGCCUUCUGCGCAGUGAGCGCGUGCUACGCGCGCAUGUACUGCGUGGUGCGCGGCGACGGCCAGGGCGCCGUGGCGCGCUCCGACGCCACCGUCGCCAAGCGCAUGGCGCUGCUCGUCUUCACCGACUUCGCCUGCUGGGCGCCCAUCGCCUUCUUCGGCCUCACCGCUCUAGCGGGCUCGCCGCUCAUCGACGUCCCGCGCACCAAGGUGCUCCUGGUGUGCUUCUACCCACUGAACGCGUGCGCCAACCCCGUGCUGUAUGCGCUGCUGUCACGGCAGUACCGGCGCGACCUGCUGCUGCUGCUCAGCCGACACGGCCUGUGCGCGCAGCGGGCCGCCCGCUACAAGGGCGCCGCGGCGCCCACGCUCACCUCAGACGGCCCGGGCAAGGGCCUGUACGUGCAACACCACCGCCACAACCAGCACUACCCCAACCACCUGCGGCUCGAGCUGCGAUCGCCGCCAAACAGGCGCUCCGCCAGCGUCGACCAGCAGGCUGGAGAGAGCGCCAGCUCCUACCUGUAGGUGUUCUGGACAAGGGCCAGUACGUGCAUCACCAGCAGCAACACCCCAGCCACAUACGGUUAACGUUGCACUCCCCACCUACCAAGCCCACCAUCACCGUCGAACUACAGGCUCGUGACGGCAAGAAUUUCCUGUAGGUGACCUGGCGAGGACCUGCAUGAGCUGCAUCAAAGCCACAGCUACCUCCACCCCAACUUCCUGCAAUUCGAAAUACGUUCGCAACCCACCAGGCACUAUGUCAGUACGGUGUGCUACUACCUGCAAGAUAAAGCUAUAGCUAAGCUUCGGGGUGGCAUCAGUGGAACCAGGACAAGGCUGCCUUUCUGAUCUACCUAUCCAACCAGAUACAUUAAGAUUCGCAUGGUCAAGCCGUUGUCGCUCAACAAAUGCUCAGAAACACAUGUACACACAACCAAACUUCUCCCAGUGGGAUACUGUAUAUACCUGGUAUUGACACGUACCAUCUACGGCCCACUCACUGACUUAGAUGCCCAGAAAUGGUAUUGAACCCAUGUAAGAUGUACUCUUAUCACAUCAGUCUGCUCUGGGGCAUUACUCACCACUCGGCAAUGGCUGCCAAUAGUGCCAGUUCCUGUGAGCAGCCAAUGCAUACAGACCUCAACCAGAACCUGCAUCAUGAUUUACUGCAUAUCAAACACUGGACAUUCAUUUCGUCUACUUACUCCACUGUAUACAGAUGCACGUUUGAGAUCGAUUAUCAGUGUUACUGUCCAUCUGUUAAAUGAAGAUGAAAACUAUAUUUUCUGAAACAUUUUCCCAAACACUGAAAAUGUAACGUAAUAAUUUUGUGCUUCCAAUAGGAGGCUGAAUAUCUUUGAAAAGGCAUUGUGAUGUUUUGAAUGCUCCAGUAGUCGACUGAUAAUUAUCAACAGUCAUUACUACCAAACAACAAAACAUCACUGCUAGGUCCUUCCUCAUUUAUCAAUAGCCAAAUUGGCACUGAUAAAGACAAUUAAGUAUUAGUGCAGAUCUUUGGCUUGUAAUGCAUCAUCACAUGGAGCUUACUACACUGUCAAUAUACAUGCCAUGUUAAAAAAGUAUUCCUUGUUUUGAGAUGAAAACCAAGAAAAGAAGUCCUGUAAACAUGGGCUCUACAAUGCAUACCUAUGAGGUUCCUCGUCAGUACUAUGAAACACAUCUCUUCUAUUGAACAGGUGCUCGUAGCUCUUAAGCUAUGCACUUUAGAGCCUACAUGUACUGCAAUUAUUUUUGUUUUGGUGGGCACUAUCAUCUCUCAAAAUAUGGAACACUUUUUUUUUAACACCAUGUGUAUCACUGAUCCGUCAUCUUCCUUUUUCCUUGUUUCGUUACAAUUGGUGUAGAAAAGAUUAUGUGUAAGCUUCCUAGCAUUAGCUAUCUACUUCGUAUUUCUUACUGUGACUGUUUCCAAUACCUAAGAAGUAAUAAUAAAACGCAGAUAGAACCUCAUUCGUGUGUUGCGACACUUACACAUUGAGUAAAAGGGCCUUUUGCUAAUACUCCGUUCACCCUUCCUGUCAUUUGAUUUUCUUGAAUUAUCCAGACUGAUUUCACAAGUUUUUGCGUGAGGAACUAACAUCUAUCGAAGAACAGUCCAUAAAUUAACUGAACAGUGAACCGCUCGUGUUAACAAAUGAGUGAACUUCAUGGAUAAGACGACAUGAAGAAAAUUCUUGAAAAACUGUUUUGGACGUUUACAUUAAUAUAUAACUUAGAAGUGCUUCUGUACCUACAUAUUUUCUCAUUAUCAUUGUAGCUAAUUGGCUACUUCGUGUUGCUGUGUCUGUAAUCCACGAUUUACAAUACCUUUGUGUGUAAAUCAAGUUUCUGGGGAAAAGUAAACGCAAUGUCAAUAGUAGAUAGAAAAUUACAUCGCUUUAAAAUCAUCUUCAAAUUCGAAUCCAUUAUAGUAUAUAUUUUCACUUGGUACUGCUAACCUUCAAACGAUUUUGAUACAAAUGAAUAUUAAUACUUAAUAUAUGUUUACUUAUGACAACACAAUGAGUAACUAUAUUGAUGUGUCCCCACAGUGACUCACUCACAAGGAGUCUUGAUGGUUUUUGGCAGGUUGAUUCUUUGUAGUGAAAAACCUUAGUAGAACCAGUGAAACUGAAGAAAUAUUUACCCAAAAAAAUCCAUUCAUUUCAUUUUAUCUGAUGAAAUAUAUCUUGUUUUUUUGCGUUUUAAACGAGAUCUGGAGCCUGUUUGCUUACAUAAAGCGUUAAAAUGUCUUGAUUACUGUGUGAAGUACAGAGAAGAAAGGUUUACACACUAUAUUUUUGAGGACAUUAAACAUUGGGGAUUUAUACUUUGCUCAAUAAAUGUUACUCUCUAGUGAAUUUGUGCAUAAAUUAAUUUAAUAUGAGCUUCUUUGUUUUUAACUCAGUGUCGGUCUUCUCACUAACAGAUAUUUUUCUGAAAAGUGCUUUCUAAAAUCUCACUUCAAAUAAACGGGAAGCCUGUUAACAUAAGAGAUAAUUCCUUCACAGACAAUUGUAAAUGUGCGAGUAAUACUAUUUGAAAAUUGACAAACUUUUCUGACAUUCACAAGCCGUGGAGUGAGAUAAAUAACUUAUGAAUAAGAGUGUCUAAAUAUUUUCAAUGGAUAGAUUGGUGUAGUUUUAAGAUUGCAGAAGUAUUAUGUAAGAAUAUGUUUGUACCUAUUUUUCAAUAAAGACUCAAAUAUAAACAA